GCUCGCGCGGGGCGUCAGGUGGGGCGAACGGCGCGGUCAUCGAGGGGGCACUGUGUCUGGAGGCGCGGAGAAAUUGAGGCGCGCAUGUGACGGCCCUACGUCAGCUGACAGUUGCACGGACACUGGAACUAGCGGUUCCAUGGGGGCUGCGGGGCGGUUGACAUGACAAUCCCAGGGGAUACACUGCGCACAAACACAACUUCGAAUCAUCGAAUACGAGCUGCUUCAGUAUCGUCCACAUACACCAAAAUUACAUGGAGAAGACCUUUACAACGACCACUUUGGUAUACUUCCCAAGGCUUCCUGGGUUGGUUACACUAGCCGCAGCCAUCCAGGCUAAGUCCUAAUCUUUACUAACUACUUAAACUCCUUAAUACCGUUUUGUGCGUGAUCCCGCUCUGCGAGUAUGCGGAAGAAGGCGGACCCGCAGAGGGCGGCGGACACGGACUGCACCAUUGCCGCAGCGCCGAAAUGGCGGUACGUGCAGUGCAACAUCAAGGGGAUGCUGGCGAAGCGGGAGGAGCAGCGUGCGAACGUGUCAGCAGCUGCGGCGAAGAAGAAGCAGCCGGCGGGACGGAUGGGCCGCGACGACGUGCACGACGGGAUCUCGGGCGACAGUCGCAAGGCGUCGUCAAGCGAAAAGAACCAUAUUGUCUUGCGCAGCCGGCGCGUUCGCACGUCCGAGAGCAGCGAAAGCAGCGACCUGUUGGGUGGGCGCCUCUUGACCGGCAGCGAGCAGCCCGCGCCCGCGGGGGUGCUCCCCGCGGCAGCCGUGACUCGCAGCUCUGCCUCGGACGCCUCGCCGUGCGACAAGCGCCGGCAGUUGGCGGAGGAGGGCCUGAGCGUGUACAAGCGCCGCCGCAUGAGCUCGUUGCCUCCCGCGUCCCACCCGCUCGCCUCGCUGCCAGACAAUGCCGCUAGGGUUUGCUCCGUCGCUCUGCAUGGCGGGGAGCAGAGCGCGGGCAGCAUGGUGAGCGCAGUCGGCGCGGAAGCAAAGGCGGAGUCGAGCAGCGGAGAGAGGGACGCGGGUAGCAGAGAAACGAGUGCAGUUGUCGUCUUGUGCGAGCAAGGGGCGCAGGCGCAGGCGCAGGCGCAGGAACAGGUGGGGUUACAGGUAUGCGCGCAGGCAUGCGAUGGGCGGCCGGCAAGCGGGGAUUGCUUGGAGGCCGUUGAUCCGCGCGAUGGUCCCAAGGUGGUGGAGGUGGAGGUGGUGGGCGAGGUCAAGGUGGCGCUGCACCGCGUGCACGCGCUCCUGCCGCCGCCCGCGCUGCUGCCGCACCUGCCCUUGGCCUUUGAGAGCUCUCAAGAGCCCGCCGCCAUUGCGCUCGUGCGGCCGCGCAGCCCUGCUGUGUGCGUGGUGGAGGCGGGCGGGGGCGCGGAGGUGGCGGCCGUGGCGGUGCGUGCGGCGAGUCCAGUGGCGGGGCAUGCGGGCAGCCCGCACGACUCGAGCCACGAGAGGGCGGAGGGGGACUCGCUGGGGUGCGGCUCUGAGUGCGCCAUCUGCUUCCCCGCGCGCCUGGGGGGGGAAGCAGCGGCUGUGGUGCAGAGCUGUGAGGAGGACGCUGUUGAUAGACGUGGUGCUGACGACCUCGGUGGAGGCAAGGAUGGUGGAGAUAAGAAGAGCGAUGCCAAGGACGGCAGUGGUAAGAAGGGUGCUGAGAAACUCGGUGCUCGUAUUUCAGGGCCGGAUGGGGUCAUUCAACGGGUGGCACACUCGUGUGGCCAUGCGUCCACGUCCCUGCCCGCCUUGUCUCCCGUCGCUCCCUCCUCUUCCGCACCUGCCCACGCUGAUACCCACCCUGAAGCAGCAAAACCCGCAGGCGAGGCGGGCAGUACGUGCGAAGUGGGCAGUCCUUGGGAAAUACCGGGGGCGGGCGGGCGGCAGAAGGGCGAUGGCAGAGUGGAGGGUGGCGUGACGGGCGGGUUGGAGGGCGACUUGGCAGAGAUGCACGCGAGCCACGCGGCGGCGGAGGAGGAAAGGGAGGGUGGUGGGGACAUGGUGCUGGUGGCGGGCUGCGAGGUGGAUGCAGAUGAAGAAGCUGGUGAGAGGGAGGGAGGAGAAACGAGAGAGGGCGAAAAGAAGGUGGUGCAGAUGAGCAAAGGCGCUGAAACGGUCUCGAGCUCAGCAGAGGCGGCAGUUGAAGAGGUACAAGGGACCGGGCCUGCUCAGGUGCAGCAGAAAGUGGAGAAGUGGGAGGAGGGAGGGGAUAAGGGCGCAGCGGAUGAUGGCAGCAGAGGAACGACAGCUGCCUGCAGCGUUGGUGUGAAGGGCCAAGACGAGGUGAAGGUCAAGGCAGAGCAGUCAGAGGGUGAGGGUGCUGGUUUAUUGGAGGGGGAGAGCAGAGCAGUGAGAGGGAGUGUGAGUGAGGGAGGAGGGGCGGUGGCCAUGCAGACUGAUGACGUGGCGCUCGAUGACGUGGUGCUUGAUGAUCCCGAGGACGACCUGGCCUGCAGCAAACGCCGCCUCUUCCCAGACGCGCUCCCUCUGCUUGCUGUUGCGCCCUUGCCGCCUUCCCUGCCUCCUCUGCCUCCUCUGCCUCCUCUGCCUCCUCUGCCUCCUCUGGCUCCCGUUGCCCCUGUGCCCAUUGUGCCUCCUGCAGCAGCAGCAGCAGCAGCAGCAGCAGCAGCAGCAGCAGCAGCACGAGUGCAGGUGAAGUGUGAGGCGGGUGAGGGCGAGAAGGAGAGAGUGGGGCUUGCCGCUGUGACUUCUGGCGGUGCAGCCAGUGCUGCCAAGGCCGCUGCCCAUGCUCGGCUGGACAAGGGCGGCGAGCAACAGGUGCGGGGUGAGGGGGAAGGAGCAGCAGCAGCAGCAGCAGUAGCGGGGCAGAGCGACAAGAGUCGGUUGACCCCAAAGCGGCGGCGGCUGAUAGAGAGCUACGUGGACCGGCUGAUGGCUGACAUGCAGCGACCGCAAUGGACCGAGGUGCCGCUGGCCGGAGUGGAUCCAAGGGCUCUCAUCGGCCGGCUUUGCAAGGUGUACUGGCCGCUGGACGACAAGUGGUAUGCGGGGCUGGUGUACGCGUUUGACCUGCGCACGGGGCGGCACCAGGUGCGGUACGACGAGACGGAGAGCGAGUGGCUGCGCCUGCCGGCUGAGCGCAUCAAGCUGCACCUCCCCCGCAACGACCCCCUCCUCGCCCUCUGCUCCGCCCCCCACCCCUCUCCCCCUGCCGCUCAUGCUGCCGCUGCUGCUGCUGCUCCUGCUGCUGCUGCUGCCCCCCAAGUCGAGUCCUCUGGGAGGGAGGAGUGCAGCAGGGAUGGUGGUGGGCGAGUGUGUGGGAGAGAUGAGGAGCAGGGGAGGGAGGAGGAAGGGGAGGAUGAAAGGAGUGGUGAUGAGGGAGACGAGGACGAGGACGAGGAGGGCGGGGUGGAGGUGAGCGGGCGGGAGUUGGUGGAGCUGGCGGCGAGCAUGGCGCGCGACAUGGACCCCGCGCGCGCCGCGGUGCUGGCCGCCGCUGCCAUGCUCUCCUCCGCCGCUCGCAGUGCGCCCAGGGAGCUCAAGGGCCGGGAGGAAGGCGCUGCAGGGAAGGGGAAGGCGGAGGGGGCGGGGGAGGGCGCAGCACCGGGGGAGGGCGUAGGGGCGGGCUCGUCCGUGUGUGGCGUGGCGGGGUGGGCAGGAGGGCCGGUGGAGGAGCUGAGCCUGGGGAGGUUCGGCGCCAAGGAGCUGGUGUGGGCGCGCGUGAAGGGUCACCCUGCGUGGCCAGCCAUGGUGCUGGACCCCGCGGACUCGGUGCGAGUGGGGCUGCGUCACCCUGCGUGGCCAGCCAUGGUGCUGGACCCCGCGGACUCGGUGCGAGUGGGGCUGCGUGCGGUGAGGGAGGCGGGCCGGGCGGAGGCGUUGGUGCACUUCUUCGGGUCGUACGAGUGCAGCAUUGUGGCUGUCUCCGCCGUCUGCCCCUUCCUGCUCGGCCUCGCCAAGGGGCUGCACAACAAGAGCAAGGGCGCCUGCUUCAAAACCGCACUCGUGGAGGUUGAGAGGUUCCUGCUUGCGGAGGAGCUGCCGCCCAAAAUGGCGUUCCUGCACCCGUCGGGGUCGGAGGAGGGCAGCGAGGAGGAGUCGGGGAGCGAGGGAACGAGCGAGGAGGACAGUGAGGGGGGCAGCGAGGAGGGGAGCGAGCGGCACAGUGGGAGUGGGGACGGCAGCCAGAGCAACGGGGAGGAGGGAAGGGGGAAGGCAGAGGCGGAGGAAGAGUUGAGGCAGGGGCAGAUGGAGGUGCGAGCAGCAGGCAGUGGUGGCAGGGGAGGGGCGCAGGUGAAGGGGCGGUUAGCAGUGGUGGGAGAUGCGGUGAUGGAUGGGCGUGGCGUGAGCCAGUCAGAGGCGAGCUCGGGGGCGGCAGGGGGGCAAGAGGCGCCGGGUGAAGCGAAAGGGGGGAAGGCGAGGAGGAGCGAGGGGCAGGCAGCAGUCUCGGAUCCGGUGAUGGCAGCUGAAACCGCCACCACAGCCACGUCGCCGCCUUCCGUGCCCUUGCAGAUCGGCUCCCUCACACUGCUCUCCCUCGGGCGAGUGCUGCCGUGUGACCCAGGCUUCCACACGGCGCAGCACAUCUACCCCGUCGGCUACAAGGCCGUCCGCCCUUUCCCCUCUGCGCAAGACCCGCGGGUGGUGGUGAACCACAUUAUGGAGAUUCUCCAGCCGCAGCCACCGCCUCCUCCUGCCCCUCCUGCCUUACCUGCUGCAGCAUUAGCCGUGCCAUCGGACCCGUCACAGGGGGCAUGGCGGCGGCCGCAGCUGCGGCAGACACCGCAGCGCAUGCAGCAGCAGCAGCAGCCCAAGGCGAGCAGGAAGCAGCAGCAGAAGAAGCAGCCGCCUGGUGGCACAGGGGGUGCUGCUGGAAACACCCCAGUGCCUGGUGGACCAAUAUUCCGAGUCACCCCUGAUGGCUGUGCUCCGGUGGAAGGUCCGUCUCCCGGCGAGUGCUGGCGGGUCAUCCAGAGGCGGGUGGCGGAGGCCAAGCGCCUGCUGCUGCUGCACCUGCACCCGCCAGGCAGGGGCGCAGGGGGAGGGGCAGGGGGAGGGGCAAGGGGAGGGGCAGGGGGAGGGGCAGGGGGAGGAGCAGGGGGAGAGGCAGGGGGAGGGGCGGGGGAAGGGGCAGGGGGAGGAGCAGGGGGUGGUGGUGGGGCGGCGGAUGGCAAGGUGCGGGUAGAGGAGUGUGGCGAGGCAGAGAGGGGACGUGGUGAGGAGAGGAGAGGGGGGAGCGGAGCGCACAGAGAGGCAGAGGAGAGUGGCGAGAGGAGAGGGGGGAGCGGAGCGCACAGAGAGGCAGAGGCGGAAGCCAUGGUCGUAGAUGGGCAUGGUGGGGACGAGAGGGGUGAAGCAGCAGCAGGAGUCCGUGUGCAGCAAGCCCAGGGGAUGGGGCCAGCAGAGCCACUAACGUGGUGCUCCCCCCCUGUCCCCACAGCGCACCCCCUCGCCGCCUCCCCCUCAUCUGUGCUCCCACUCACCCCCUCCCCACUGCCGCCCCACCUGCAAACGCUGCCACCACAGGGCGCUGGGGCGGGGGCAGCGCAUGGCAGUGGUAGCCCGAGCUGUGGGGGGGAGUGUGGGGGGGUGGGUGGGGCGUGGGGCGGUAGUGGGGGCAGCUGUGGCAGCGGUGGCAGCAGGGGCAGCGGGCGGUGCGGGUCGUGGCUGCCGUCGCACCACGUGCGGUCAGGGGCUCAGAUGUUCGGCCUCACACACCCCAGAGUCGCUCAGCUCAUCCAGAGCCUGCCUGGCGCCAGCCAGUGCAAGCUGUUCACAGCGUGGUUGAACGCCCCUCGCCCCGCGCCCUCAGGGCACCCCACGGACCCCAGCAGGGGCGAGAGGGCGAAGCAGGGCUGCAUGCAGGCGAAGCAGGCGGACGUGGCGGCAGGGGGGGCAGGGAGCGGGGGGGCAGGGAGCGGGGGGGCAGGGGGGGCGGUGAAGGAGUCGCGGCUGCCGGCGGGGUUCAAGGCGGUGGAGUACCGGCAGGCUGCCAUGGACCGCUGCGACGUCUGCUGCCUCUCCGAGGAGUACGAGGACGACCAACUGCUGCAGUGCGACGGCUGCCGCAUCAUGGUGCACAUGGCGUGCUACGGCGUCAGACAGCCGCCAGACGGCGGGCUCUGGCUGUGCGACGUGUGCAGCAAGCACGAGCGCCAGGGCAAGCGGGACGCCAAGCCCCUCUGCUGCCUCUGCCCCGUGCAAGGGGGAGCGAUGAAGCGCACGGUGCAUGGGCUGUGGGCGCACAUGGCUUGCUCGCUCUGGAUCCCAGAGACGUCCUUUGUGAACAUCAAGCGCAUGGAGCCAGUCACUGGGUUCGACAACAUACCCAAGGCGCGGUGGCAGCUGCGGUGCUGUGUGUGCCGCAUCCCCUACGGCGCCUGCAUCCAGUGCGCCGCCGGGCAGUGCUACACCGCCUUCCACCCGCUCUGUGCCAAGCUCAAGGGCUACCCCAUGCUGACGUUGGACAUGAGUGAGGAGAGCAUGGAGCGCAGCAAGCUGCACGGCACCGUGGUGGGCUCUGUCGCCAUGAUCUGCUUCUGCCCGCGCCACCGCGGCCGCGCCAAGCCCCUCCACGCCACGCCCUCCCUCCCGCCCCACCCCUCCGCGCCCUCCCCCUCCCCUGACCCCAACGCUGCCACGUCCUCGCCUGCUGCCACCCCUCCCCCUCCCUCCACUGCCUCUGCAGCAGCCGCGUCGGGCGCUGCUGCCUCCCCUGGCCCCUGUGACCCGCGCCCCAAGGUGCUCCCCAUGGCACACCUGCUCCGUCACCCCUCCCCUGUCCCCUCUGCCACCGGUGCUGCAUUGGGCAAUGGGCAGGCGGAGAGGGGGAGGGAAGGGGUGGGGGGAAUGGGAGGGAAUGAGGGUGAGGGGGAUGGGGGCGGGGAAUGUGUGCGGGAGAAUGGGAGCGGUGGUAGUGCCAGGGCAGGCAAGGAGGGCGAAGGGGGGGGGGAUGAGGAUGGGAGUGGGAGUCGGAGUGGCAGUGAGAGCGGUUGGAGUGAGAGCAAUGGCAGUGGGGGCGGCAGCAGCGAGGGCGGGAGUGAGAUGGACAGCAGCAUGCGCGACGCAGCGGCCUGUAGCGUGCCGCUCAAUGACGGCGGGGGAGGAGAGCGAGUGCUCUGUGCUCGAACAGAGCCCUUUGAUGCGCGCAUCCGGCGUGGGCGCAGGGAGCCGGACGCGGUGGCGGCGUUUUUGGCAAAGCGGUCGUUUCUGGAGAACGUGCCCUUCGCCAUCUGCGGGCGGCGCGAGGAGCGGCGGCGCGUGCAGGGGCCGUCGGUGGUGGAGGUGGUGCGAGCGCACAUGGCAGAGGCGGCGCGGGAGAGAAGGGAGGAAGGGGCAGCAGGGGAGGAGGUGUGUCGGGAUGCGGAGAACGUGCGGGACGUGGGACCGGGGGGGGCGAGGGGCGGCAUGCAUGUGAGCAAGCUCAGGCGCCUGCUGCACUCGGGGCUGGUGGGCGGGGCGGAGGGGCAGGAGGGGCAGGCAGGGGGCGGGGAGGGUGAGGUGAGGUCCAUAUCGGACCGCUUCAGGCGGAUGAAGUCCACCCAGCAGCAGAGACUGGCGUUUGGCAAGUCCGCCAUCCACGGGUGGGGUGUGUUUGCCAAGAUGCCGCAUCGAGCUGGAGACAUGAUCAUAGAGUAUGGCGGAGAGGUGGUGCGCCCAGUGGUGGCAGACUUGAGGGAGCGACGCUGCUACGACUCACUCGUGGGCGCAGGCACGUACAUGUUCCGCAUCGACGGCAACCGCGUGGUCGAUGCGACCAGGGCGGGCACGAUAGCACACCUCAUCAACCACUCCUGCAAUCCCAACUGCUACUCGCGGGUGGUGCUGGCGAGUGCGGAGGAGCGCAUUGUCAUCUUCGCCCGGCGGGACAUCAGGGCGGGCGAGGAGCUCACCUACGACUACAGGUUUGACUCGCAGGACGAGCAGCUGGCGUGCAACUGCGGCAGCAGCGCGUGCCGGGGCGUGGUGAACAUUCUCAAGGAUGGCGAUGACGAUGCCGAUGGCGAUGUUGCCGUGUGGGCCCCACGCAGCGAGCUCGAGCCGUGGCGGCCGCAAGCACCGUCCCCCUAGAGCACAGCAUGGGCCCUGCAGGGUGUUUUUGAGAAUUCUCAAAAACGCCCCGCCCCCUCUCGUACUCGCCACGCCACGCCACACGACAUGCACUAUGGAAGCAGCAGUAGUGCCCGGUUUGACCACAUUCGUCCAAUAAUGCCAUCCACGUAUUUGGCCCCUCCAUCACGCAUCUGGAAGGUAACGGCACCGGCACGCACCCGUAAGAAGUUGAACUUGGGUAUCUUGAUACAAAUGUAUGUAAACCAAACCACCAUACCUGUUUCUAUGUAUUGUUCAAAACGGAGGGUAUGCCACAGGUUGACAUUUGUUGGGCUGAGAAAAGCCCUAGGAUCUUUUCAGAGACUAAGUCCCACUUGUAUGAAAUGCUUGAGUAGUGCAGCGGAAGUGUUG